AGAAGGGGAAGAGCAAUAUUACUGCCCCAUGGAGAGAGAGAGAAAGUGACGUAGGGAACCCAAAAAAGUUUAGGAAAAGUGUGGAGAAAACAGACAGCGGUCUAUGAACUGCGGUUAUCUCCAGCUGAGGAAAUGCGGGGAUUCACUGUAACUCUUCAUAUUUGCUCUUAUGAAUCACUUUAUGUCCUUUAUACGCUUAUUUUUGUCAGUAGCUUCGCUUGUGCCUCUGCGGAAGUGUCGGGAAAAAUUGACGUUUCGGACAAAAAUCAACUCCUCGAGCUACACAGUAAAGGUGUGUUUCGUUUGGAGAGCGUAUCACAGAAGAAGUGUCUCUCUGCCUCGUCUGGUUUAUCUCUGACUAGCUGUGAACCCCCGUCUGCUGCCCUGCUCUGGAAAUGGGUGUCCCGGCACCGACUCUUCAAUCUGGGCACCAGUCGAUGCCUAGGAAUCAACAUGACCAACUUGCCCCAGCCUGAUGUUGGCAUCUUUGAGUGUGAUAUUUCCCUUCCAACCAUGUGGUGGCGCUGUGGGGGAAGCAUGUUGUAUGGAGCCAUGAAUAAUAAACUGGUGGUGGAGGACUCAAAGGUGAUGGUGAAGAAAGCCGCUCUGUAUCAGUGGAGGAUUUACGGGGCGGCUGGUGAAGGUCCUUGUGCUUACCCGUAUGAAGACAUUCACACGCUGCAAGGAAACUCUCACGGGAUGCCAUGUUCCCUUCCCUUCAAAUACAACAAUAAAUGGUUCUGGGAUUGUACGUCUGAGGGGAGAGAAGACCGUCACCUCUGGUGUGCUACUACCAGCCGCUAUGAUCAGGAUGAGAAAUGGGGCUUCUGUCCCAAUCCAGUGUCAGGCUGUAGUGAAUUCUGGGAUAGUCAUCCUGAGCUGAAGUCCUGUUACCAGUUUAACGUGAACUCCAUACUCACCUGGAGUCAAGCACUUACUUUCUGUCAAUCGCAGGGUGGAAAUCUUCUCUCCAUCACACAGUCCAAUGAACAGACCUAUAUCAAAGAAAGGCUUUCAGAUAUGGGUGUGCUGGUAUGGAUUGGACUAAACCAUCUCAGUCACCAUGGAGGAUGGCAGUGGUCAGAUGAAUCUCCUUUGACUCUUGUCGGUUACACUACAGAUUUGACCUCUACGCCAGUACAGCAGAACCAGCAGUGUGGGGUUUUUAACUCUACACAAGGCUCAUGGCAGAGUCUCUCCUGUGAGUCAGCACUGCCCUACAUCUGCAAGAAAACCCUAAAUUCAAGUCGGAAAGCAGAGCCGCUUGCUAACUGGCAGUACAAGGAGACGAUUUGUCCUGAUGGUUGGUUGGACCAUAAUGGGUUUUGUUACCUGUAUUUGGAGAAGGCGGCGAGCUGGGAUGCAUCUUCCAGCGCAUGCAGGGCUCUUGAAGGAGAGCUGCUCAGCAUCCACUCGCUUUCCCAGCAAGAGCUGGUGUUAACACUGCUUUCACUUUUCUCUGACUCUAAAGUGUGGAUCGGUCUGUACAAAGAAGCAAAGUCUCCUGCAGUUCAAUGGUCUGAUAAUUCUCCCGUCACAUUCACAUCCUGGUACUCUCAGGAUCCCUCCCAUCGCCAUGGCGACAAACGCAUCUGUGUGACAGCAGAUAGUAAGGAUGGCAGAUGGCAGUUUGAAGGGUGUGAAGAGCAGCAUACGGCCGUGUGUAAAACAUCAGGUCUUGUUCCUCAGCAGGCGACUGGAGAACAGGAGGAAGGUUGUCCAGAGGGCUGGAGGAGAAAAGACUUGUGCUGUUAUAAGAUCAGUGAUACGGAGCAGACGUUUGAAGAUGCAGUGAAAGGAUAUUAUUGCAAAGCUCCUCUUGUGACUAUAGAAAGCAGGUUUGAGCAGGCCUUUCUCAACAGUCUCAUCGGUGAAACCGGUGGCUCUCAUUCUCAAUCUUAUUGGACAGCGCUGCACGACCAGAACAGAACCGGAGAGUAUCGCUGGUUGGCGAAGAACGAUACCUCUAAACCCCUCACAUACACCAACUGGAAUCGGCACCAGCCGGUGAGUGGAGGAGGGUGUGUGGUGAUGUCUGGGGGUCGGGCUCUGGGUCACUGGGAGGUGAAAAAUUGUCACGCCCACAAGGCCCUGGCUGUGUGCAAACAGGAAGUGAACGGUUCCCUGGACUCUUGGAUGCCCGUGCCAUCAAUAGAUAUAAAGGCAGAUUGCCCACUGGGAUGGGAGAGCCGUGCAGGUCUGCAGCACUGUUACAAGGUGUAUCACAGUGAGAAGAUCCUGAUGCGUCGCUCCUGGACGGAAGCGGAGUUCUUCUGCCGGGCUUUGGGUGCAGACCUGGCCAGUUUUCAUCACUAUGAAGAUCAGGCGUUUGUCAAACAGCUUCUCUCCAAGAUGUUCCAAAGCACAGAGGGUCGCUGGUUUUGGGUGGGCUUUACUAAGAGAAACCCCUUUUCUGGCGGCGCCUGGGAGUGGUCAGACGGCACACCGGUGGUGACAAUGUUCAUUGAGGGCAUGAAUGAAGUGGAUUCUCGCACCUGUGCCGUGUACAGUGACCUCACAAACACUCUCACAUCCCAGUCAUGUGAUUCUAAAUACGAAUGGAUCUGCAAGGUCCCUAGAGGUGUGCAGCUGAUCAAGCCGUACUGGUACAGCGAUCAGCACGAGCCGUGGGUGUUCUUUCACAGCGCUGAAUACUUCUUCGGCAGUAAUCCGUUUCCCUGGGAGUCUGUGUCUUUUGCCUGUAAGAUGAUGGGAGCAGAUCUGCUGUCUGUUCACUCCAGUGAUGAGCUGGACUUCAUCGAAGGACGUUUAAAGAAGGAAUCUCAGUAUUGGUGGAUUGGAUUGUCUACUAACAGUGCUCAUAAUGGCUUCAGUUGGACUGAUGGAUCUCCUCUAGAUUUUGAGAACUGGGAAAACGGGCGACUUAACCGAAAGUCUGGCCAGAAUUGCAUCCGGAUGUCGUCUCAGUCUGGUCAGUGGUCAGCAGGAAGCUGUGCCGAUCCAAAUGGUUACGUGUGCAAGCGCAGGACGGUGACCAUGGUGGAGCUCCCGCAGGAGCCGCACUAUAUCGGCAGCUGCCCAGAGAACUGGUUCUACUACAGACACAAGUGUCUGUUCCUGCAUCUACCAGCCCGUCCGGAAGAGGGGAAAACCUGGCAGGAAGCUCAGUCCAUCUGCUUUUCCCAUCAGGGAUCUCUAGUUUCCAUCGAGGAUGAAGUCGAACAGGCCUACAUUGUCAUGUUGCUUCACGGCCAGUCACCGGGUGUUUGGAUUGGCGUGCAGGGCUCCUCAUCUCGCAAAUGGGCCAAUGAUAAGCCCCUUUAUUAUGAUAACUGGGAGCAAUUCCCUAAUGAUAAAGUUACAAAGGAAACCCUGUGCACCUACUUGUCCAACAGUCACAACUUUCGUGUUACGGGACUAUGGCAAGAUGCCAUAUGUACUGAGAAUGUUUACGGCUUUGCCUGCCAGAAAAAUCAAGAUACCACCAAACGUCCCACCCAGUCAUAUCAUACCUCUGCCUCUCUGGACGUGUCCGAGUAUAAAAAUCACAGUUACCGUAUCAUCCAUGGAAACCUGAGCUGGUAUGCAGCACAGAAAAGCUGUCUGGACAGAGGAGCGGCACUUGCGAGCGUCACAGACCCGUUUCAGCAGGCUUACCUCAGUGUGUUGAUGAACAGACUGGGAACCCCACACUGGAUCGGCCUCUACAGUACUGACGAUGGUAUUUCUUACCAGUGGUCAGAUGGCACAGAAAGCACGUUCACUUACUGGGACGUCUCUAUUUAUUACCCAGAGGGCCCAACGGGGGACGGAGGCUGCGCUUCAAUGGAUGUUAAUGGACGCUGGAAAGAUACACAAUGUGACCAGCAGUUAUCAGGAGCGAUAUGCUAUAUACCUCCUCCUAAAAGCAUCGCUUUCUCGUUUGAAGUGGUGUGUCCUGAGACCUGGGUGAAGUUUCGUGGAAGCUGCUAUAAUUUUAAAUCGGUCAUGCUGGAGAUGAGCCUGGAGGAAGCCAGAGAUAACUGCAGAAAGAAGGGGAACUUUUCAGACGUUUUGACAGUUCAGGAUGAUGAGGAGAGCCGCUUCUUCCUCAAGGAGAUGUGGCAUUAUUACCAGGGGCCUCAGAACCUAUGGCUUGGCAUUAUUUAUGACACUGACAAUGAUGCUUUGACCCGAUUCGAUGGUUCGCCGCUUCAGUACACAAACUGGCGUUCCAAGGCUCCAGAUGGGAGUCAAAUGCGGGCAGACACCUGUGUGACUAUGCGUGUUUGGGAUGCCACGUGGCAGUUGGCCAACUGCAGGGACAGAUUUGCCUUUAUCUGCAAAACCACAACAGGUGCUAUCAAAGAGGUUGAAGUGGAGCCAAUGAAAGGGAUGCACAAUGGUGUGAUCUCUGUGGCCGCCGUGGUGGCCAUUCUGCUGUUUGCCAUCAUGAUUGGCUUUCUGUGGAUCCUUUACAAAAGAAACUCUAUGUGCAUGCGGAGGUUUCCGUCAUUUGGCAGUGCCUACUACAGACAGACGAACUCGCAAGCCAGUGACCAAGAUGAAAAUGUCUUACUUCCAGAACUGGAAACAGAAGCAGGGGACUAAUGCUUGUGUGAAUCUGUGUGUGUUUUUUACUUAAGUCAGGGAGACUGCAAGUGGGAAUUUGUUGGAUCUGCUAUGAAGAUUCUAUAAGAAGACGUCAUGCACAUACUGCGCAGGUCUUAUGAAGUCCCACAACAGUCGCUUUAAAAUCAUUAUGAAAGGGAUUAUAAGAGCAACAGAAAUCAAAUGUGGCUUGGAGGUUAUUAUUAUUAGGGUUUCUCUAACUUUUGCAACUCUUAGAAAUGCAAAUUUUGAAUGUCGUUGGCCUUCUAAAACUCUUUGAAGUCUUUUAAUAGACCAUCUACAAUAGGAAAUUCCUUCUCACAAGAAAAACUGUUCUUCUUAGAACAAUAAACCAUAACACAUUCUUAAACCACUGCACACCAAAGCAGAUUGGAACAGUGUGACUUGAAGAAAAUGUUUGCCUUACACAGUUUAUCAGUAUUACAUCCUUAGAAACGUUGUGCUCUCCUUUGAGACCUGAAAACUGUUUGAUGCGAAGUGUGUUUGUUAGGAUUACAUGUUUGUUCUUUAUAAGCACCUUACCUUGCAUAGCUUCCAGAGCACCGGAGCAGUGUUAUUGUAAUAAAGGCCACAGAUGCACUUCAGAUCCUUCCUCUGUGGCUUACACACCCUAAAUACCGCAAAGCUUAAAACUUGGGCCCCAAAGUCCCAUUACAUGAAUGCAGGCUUCAUUUUGACUGCAUAUGCCUAUAUGUAUUUUUUGUUAGAUGGGAGCUGUUUUGAUAUGGUAAUAUAUUAGUGUCUCACAUGACAUGUUUUUGGUGUAAUAAGCCAUAAUCUACCUUAGACAUUUUGAAAUUUACUGUAGGACAAUAUUUUCUUAAAUCAUUAACACAGAUUUUAUAUAUUUGUAGCAAAGUUUGGUGAGCAGUUAUGUUUUGGUAUAGGUUGUCUUUUGUUCAGACAUGCUGUAAGAAUGGUUUGUGGGUCUAUGUGUUUGGGUGUGGUAGUAUUCAAAGUGUCUGCAUGAUGUUAUUGUUUCUCAGAGUUUACAUUUUAUUCUGCUUUAUCAUUUAUUUUAAAGAAGUGACAUGAAACGCAUUAUUUGAGUAUCUUGAAUUGCUAAUCAUUUUUUCAGGACCAAUUAAUCAGUUUAAUGUGAUCGAAAGCAAAUUUUUAUUAUUGUUCACCUGUUUCAUGAUACAAAAUAAAAAUGUAAAGAGGUG